AUGGACGGUAAUUCGUCUGAAGAGCUUGAAGGAACGUGCGGUUUCUUCGAGGGCUACUCCACGUCUCGCUUUGUCAUUACGUGCAUCAUUUCGGGUGUAUCUGGGUUUGGGAUUCUAUUCAACCUUUUAUUACUUGCCGUAUUCCGAAGAUCGUUUCCUUCUUCUGUCUACUUGGCAGCUAUAUCAAUCCUGGACACGCUGCUAUGUGUAUCUUAUAUAUUGCUUUUCGGCGUCGACGCCUGUUAUGUAUAUCUAAAGAAUCAAUUCCUCUUCAACGUCUACCAUCACUAUAUACUGUAUGCAUUUAUGAUUUCAAAGGUUGUUCAAUUUGCCAUCCCCUUCAUGCUAAUUCUGGCAACAUUGGAGCGAUAUGUUUGGACCUCAUCGUUACAGACCAGGGAGUUUUUCAAGCCCGUUUUUUCAAACGCAGGACGAUGUGUGACGACGUGCCUUAUCUUCUUGAUAUCAAUGAUGUUACGCAUGCCGAUAUUGUGGGCAAUCGAGGUCAGGAGGUUUCCAAAAUGCGCUGACCCCUUCCGCUCCAAAUCCGUAUUCCCGACAGAUUGGGCCGGCGAGUCGAAGGCGUAUCACGUUUUUGACUUUCACAUAAUCGUCGCAUUGCAGACCGUAUUGCCAUUUUUUGUGCUCAUCCUGCUGAAUGCCGUGAUUAUUCAACGGUUGCUGGUGGAGAAGAAGAACGAGAUGUACGCCGCCAUCCAGCCGACGCUCUACAAGGUGGGAGAGGCAGCAAAGAAGGCGUCAACAGCAAAAGCCGAGUAUGAACAGGUUGCCAUCAUGCCAGAGAACUACUUGCUACUCGAAGUCGCGACAGAAUUAAUUAAGGAAUCGUUAAUAACAAAAUCGUCGCGGGGAAAAAGAGCCCAGUUGCGAAAUGCGAUCUACACGAUGCUGGCUAUCGUCACCUCUUAUCUGAUCUGCAAUGGGCUCCAUCUGAUACUCACAAUUUUGGAGCGAUUUGGGUCUUCGUUGCUGUUGGAAGCAGAAGACGACAUGCUCUCCACCAGCUUUUACAUUCUCCUCUCAGAUACCGUGUCAAUCGCCUAUUUGCUCACAUCAGCCAUCCGUAUCUUCAUCUAUGCCAAGUGCAACCCAAAACUGCGCAAGGACAUUAAGGAUUUCUUGAUGAACCGGCGCCGAGUG